GGUCACAGCCCAUCUCGUCUAGCCCAGCCCACUCGCCAACAUCCCUAGCCAUGGCAGCUUGCCAGCUUCAGAGAAAUCAAACAUCAUUGUUUCUCGCCAUAAACCUUUAAUCCGAUUAAACCCUUUCUCUUUGGGCGAAUUUUUUACCUGUAUCCGAUUAAACCCUUUAAUCCUAGCAAGCUUUUGAAUGGAAGCUCAGAGCAGGGUUUUUAGGCUCUCUUCGCCAUCACCUGCAAAAAACCCAAAACUUCCAUUAUUGCAUACCCAUAACUCUUCUUAUAUUCCAUCAAAUAUUCAAUCUCCUAAAUGGGUCUCCCUCAAAACCCAAUUUUCUCCCGCUUCACUUUCUUCCUCGCCCAAGAAAGGCUCCUCUACCAGUUGCGUAAAAGCACUGGAAACAGAAACUCUAUCCACUCCUCGAAAUGAUUCGAACGCAACAAUCAGGAAGAAGAACUUGGCGGUUUUCGUUUCUGGUGGAGGCUCAAACUUCAGGUCAAUCCAUGAGGCUGCCGCUCAAGGGACCGUUCAUGGAGAGGUGGUUGUUUUGGUCACCAAUAAACCUGAUUGUGGAGGUGCGGACUAUGCCAGAGAUAGAGGAAUACCUGUGAUUGUGUUUCCGAAACCAAAGAAUUCAGAUGAGGGGUUUUCUCCCGAAGAUCUUGUAGCUGCUCUAAGAACGUACAAUGUCGACUUCAUUCUUUUAGCUGGGUACUUAAAGCUUAUACCUCCUAAGUUGAUUCGAGCUUAUCCGAGGUCAAUAUUGAAUAUUCACCCUUCACUUCUCCCAGCUUUUGGAGGCAAAGGUUAUUACGGGAUGAAGGUGCACAAAGCAGUGAUUGCUUCUGGAGCUAGAUAUUCCGGUCCCACAAUCCAUUAUGUUGACGAGGAGUAUGACACGGGACGUAUCCUUGCUCAAAGGGUUGUCCCUGUGCUUGCCAAUGACACAGCAGAAGAUCUGGCUGCAAGGGUUCUCCAUGAGGAGCAUAAAUUAUAUGUAGAAGUAGCAGCAGCACUAUGCGAAGAAAGAAUACUUUGGCGGGAUGAUGGCGUCCCUCUCAUCCAGAGUAAAGAAAAUCCAAACCAGUACACAUAACCCAAGUUUCCUUUUAGCUGCUCGGUGCCUAACAUGGUUUCAUGCUAACCAACAAUUUCUGUAAGAAUCACUGCUGUAGUUCAUGUUUUAUGUAUCUGCAACAAUCAUCCUACACUUGUAUAAUUGACUUGUUCCGAUUUUUUUCUUGUUUUUUGAGAGUUGGAUUGAAGCAUAUAAGCCCAGUCAUAUAUACUGGACAAUUCUUGUGAUGCAAGAUUUAUCUCUUGAUAUAGUAAAAUCUUGAGGGAUGGAUUAAGAAUGCCCUUUCUUUCCUAAGUUAA